AUGUCUUCCACGCAGACGCGAGUCCUCCCUGUCCAACGGCUGAGCCAAGGGCCCGGCGAUUUGUCUCUGCCCGAAUGGUGGGAGAAGGAGCGCAGCCGACAAACACCCGAGUCUAAGGCUAUCGAAGAAGCCGCUGAACUCCUCCGGUCGAGUGACCUCCCCGUCGCCUUUCCAACCGAGACAGUAUAUGGACUAGGAGCCGAUGCUACACGCAGCGCCUCCGUCCAGGGCAUCUACCGCGCGAAACAGCGUCCCUCAGACAACCCACUGAUCAUUCACGUUGACUCACUGGACAUGCUCGAUCGUCUCCUCAACCCUACCGUCAAACCCAGCACAGGAUCUAGCCCGGGAUCCAGCCCGGGAUCUCCUCAGACGCCGCGCAUCUCCAUCCCACCGAUCUACAAGCCUCUGAUCGACCGAUUCUGGCCAGGCGCCCUGACUAUCAUUCUACCCAACCCAUCCGGGUCCGAGUUGGCGCCCGAGGUCACCUCCAAAUUGACCACGUUCGGCGUCCGCAUGCCCUCCUCUCCCCUCGCGCGGCUCCUCAUCCACGCCACAGACCGUCCCCUUGCCGCCCCAUCCGCCAACGCUUCCACUAAGCCAUCCCCAACAACCGCGCAACAUGUAUACCACGAUUUGCAAGGCCGCAUCGAGUUAAUUCUGGACGGUGGAGCCUCCGGCGUCGGUGUCGAGAGCACCGUGGUCGACGGCUUAACCAACCCACCGGCGAUCCUGCGCCCAGGCGGCAUCGGCAUCGACGAGUUACGGGAAUGUGAAGGCUGGGAAAAGGUGGAAGUUGCCUACAGCGACGGAACACUAGAAAUGAAAGAUAUCCCGCGAGCACCGGGCAUGAAGUACCGACACUAUUCGCCGAAAGCACGAGUCGUCCUCUUCGAGCCUACAUCCACCAUGAAAGGAGUAGUGAAGCAUGUCCAAAAGGACUUGCAAGAUACUGCCAUCGGUGCACACAACAUCGGUAUCAUACGCACUCGAAACUGGAAGCUGGGUUUGGAUCUUGCUCCCGAGGCCGAAGUCGCUAGUACUGUGAAGGCCGUCUCUGCCCCUAUCGAGAACCUCGUGAGCUUCCCAGUGCCAGUGCAGGAGACUGGUAACCCCAGCACCUGCACGAAGAUGGCAUACGACUACCAUCUCGGCCGGGAUGCAACUGCUAUCGCGCAUGGUCUGUUUUCGGCGCUCCGCGCGCUCGACGAUCUCGAUGUUGAUGUGAUCUACGUGGAGGGUGUUUCAGAUGACGAGGGCCACUUGUCUGCGGCUGUUAUGAACCGGCUCCGCAAGGCUGCUGGUGCCGAAUUGCGAGUUUAG